AUGGGCAAGUCAUCCAAGUUCUACAAGAAGCCAUCGCUCAAGGAGAAGCAGGCGGUGCAAGGAAAGGUGCGAUCUUCCACAUCCUCCUCUGCUGGUGCCUCUAGUUCGAGUGCACCGGUGUUCAAGCAGGGAGCGAUCAAGAAAGCUGCUCUGACAGGCAAAGCUCUCGAGAAGCGUCAAGCGCUCGAGCAAAAGUCCCGAGAGAAGGAAGAAGCGACCCGUGCCGCUAAACCAGUCUUCCGUCAAGGUGGCGCGGUAUCCAGCAUCGAACAAGAAGACCAAAACAACGAUCUCGACAUGGCAGAAGAUGAUGCGGAUGUGAUCAAAAGACGGCCACGCAACCGUCAAAGGAAAGAUUGGGGUCCCAUGCCAAGAGAAGUGGGGAUCGACUAUCUCAAACAGUGGGACAACCGCUCAUGA